GGUGGUGUAUCUUCAUUGUACAAGCAGUAUUCAAAGAAUGCUUGGUUGUUUUUUUUUGUUUUUUUUUUUUGUAAUUGGGUGUACAAAAUGUAUGUGCAUAUGUACUGUAAAAUACUUGGUUUGCUUUGAAAUCAACUAAAAUGUGAUGAAAGGUUUGUCUGUUUCUGUUUUGGAGUACAAUGAAACUCGCUCAUUUUGAUAAAAUAGCCAUUAAUGCUUAUAAAUCCUUGUGGUACUUAUUUUCUUAAAACUUUCCAACAGUAGUAAUUUUAAUAUUAAUUUGAUGCAUGAAUGGGUACUCAAAGUACAGUCAAACUUCCCGACGCUGUAAAAUGCGCUUUUAAUUUAGGGUUAUGUUUUGUGCUGCCGCUACUUAAUACGCUGGAACGUGCAGAAACAGUGGAAGCCACUGCUAACAACCAAUGGCGGGCAAUGGCAACUGAGGUACAAACGCGAGCGCGCCCCCACCCGCUGCGAGCGUGCGCAUGCGCUCUUGCGCUGCCUGCCGUCUUUCCCGCUUUUUUCUGGCUAUCGGGGUAGCGGGAGGACCGCGCUCAGUAGCAGGCAGGCAAGGCCAGGGAGGGCUGCGGGGCGAGGCAGGGCAGGUUCCUUACCGCCUGCUGUGGGGAGUGAGUCGGAGGUAGGCACGGAGAGCGUCGAGGAGGCCGUCAGCAGGCAGAGGAACGAGUCUGAAGGGUGGCUGGGUGGGGCAGGGCACCUCGUCAGCUGUGAGGCUGUGAAUGGGAAGCAGUCCCGCGGUUGUGGGUCUCACAGAUACUGCCUUAUUUCAGAUCUUUGCAGGCAGAGAGAAAUAAGGAGGUUACAGGGGAAUAUGUAGCAGCUCAAGGAAGAAAAUUUCGUUAUGGCACCAUCAGGAAGAAAGCAUUCAGGAAAAGCUGCUAAAGCAGCACAGGAAGAGCAAGCCAGAUCUGCCUAUGACUUUCAGGAGGAAAGGAAAGACCUGAGCGGAUCAGAGGAAGAUAUUAGAGAAGGUGAAACACCAGUAAUGGACAAGCAUGGCAAGAAAAGACCUAUGGUGACUACUCAUGUGGUUCCAGAUGAUAUGGGGGGUGAAGUACAGAAUAUGCUGGAAAGAUUUGGAGCUGACAUUAACAAAGCUCUCUUAGCCAAGAGGAAAAGAUUAGAAAUGUAUACAAAAGCCUCACUCAAAACCAGUAACCAGAAGAUUGAACAUGUUUGGAAGACACAGCAGGAGCAGAGGCAGAAGCUCAAUCAUGAGUUCUCCCAGCAGUUCCUGACUGUGUUUCAGCAGUGGGAUGUAGAUGUACAGAAAGCAGAGGAACAGGAAGAAAAACUAGCGAAUAUGUUUCGUCAGCAACAAAAAGUUUUUCAACAGGCAAGAAUAGUUCAAAGUCAGAGACUGAAAACUAUUAAGCAACUAUAUGAGCAAUUCUUAAAGAGCAUGGAAGAGCUAGAGAAAAACAAUGAAACUCUUCUAGCUGGUGCACAGAAUGAACUUCGCAAAGAAAUGGCUAUGCUACAGAAGAAGAUCAUGAUGGACACUCAACAGCAGGAGAUGGCAACCGUUCGCAAGUCUCUUCAGUCCAUGUUAUUCUGAUGGCUCAAUGGAGAAACAACUUGUACCUAAGUAACACGAUACAAGUAUAGGCGUUAG